CUUGGCAAUUUGUUGGUGCUAAAUGCAGAACUCUACAUUACCAUAAUGACAAUGUUUUUUUCGAUUAUUUGGUGAUGAAAUCACAUGUGUUUAUGACCAAUAUAUGCUUUAAUUAAUUAUAUUUUACUGUUUCAAGUGUAGAACGAAGAGGAUAUCUAGCGACAUGAGUGAUGAAGUUGCCUUGUCUUUUCAAUCUAACAUCUGAAACUCCAACGAGACCAGUGAUACAACUCAAGCCUCAAUAACAUUUCUUCACGCCCAAUAACCAGUCGUAGCUGUCCAUGCGAUUAGAGAGACGAGGCUCUCUUUCGAUAACACACUUGUUCGAAAGUCGGGAGGGGAUUGAGUAAAGUGAUAGGAGGAUAUAUAUAGAAGUGAAACGAGGCAAACAGGGUAUCUUCCUGUCACUCGUCACUCGAGUAUUACUGACAUUUCAAUAGUUUAAUUGUAAAAAUUCUUAUCGAAAAAUAAGUAAAUAAAUAAAUAAAUGGCCAAGCACGAGAAAAUUGGAAUUAUUGGCAGCGGUAUCAUCGGCAGAAGCUGGUCUAUGCUGUUCGCCAGUGUUGGGUACAAUGUCAUGAUAUACGACAUAGUUCAGAAACAAAUUGACAAUGCCCUCACAGACAUUUACCAACAGCUAAAGAGAUUGGAAGCCAACAAACUCCUUCGCGGAUCAUUCACUGCUGAUCAACAAUUUGCAUUAAUCAAAGGUACAUCGAGUCUUGCAGAAGUUGUGAAGAACGCUAAACUCGUUCAGGAAUGCGUUCCUGAGAAGCUAGACCUGAAGCAGAAGCUCUAUGCUGAGCUUGACCAAGUCGUUGACGAUAAGACAAUUCUCUCCUCGUCAACAUCGACAUUCCGACCUUCCUUGUUUACUGAGAACCUCAAGCAUCGAGCCCAAGUCAUUGUUUCUCAUCCUGUGAAUCCACCCUACUAUGUACCACUGGUGGAAGUUGUGCCCAGCCCCUGGACAAAAUCUGAAAUUCCUGAGCAGGUGAAGGCCAUUAUGAAGGAGAUAGGACAAGCACCAGUGGUCUUCGGCAGGGAGAUCGAUGGUUUUGCACUCAACAGAAUUCAGUAUGCCAUUCUCAAUGAAGCCUGGAGACUGGUAAAUGAUGGCGUUCUAAGUGUCAAGGACGUUGACAUUGUCAUGAGUGAGGGUCUGGGAAUGCGGUAUGCCUUCUUGGGUGCACUUGAAGCUGCACAUCUCAAUGCUGACGGCAUGAAAAAGUACUGCGAGAGCUAUAAUAAAUCAAUAUACGACGUGAGUCAGACAUUCGGUCCCACUCCCAAAUUCAUUGGAAAAGAAGCAGAAAAUGUAUGUGCUCAGCUGGAGGAAAUCUGCCCCCUGGAUAAGCUUCAAGACAGACGAGCAUGGAGAGACCUGGCACUUACUAAACUAUCCAUACUGAAGAAAGAUUUGGAUGAGGAAAGCAAGCAGUAAACCUGCGCGAAUGACCUGUUCUGUCGUAGCUUGUGUGAAUUCUUGUAUUACGAAUUGUUGGAAAUAAAGUUGGAAACAUA